CGCCUGGCUGCGGCACCUCCCCUGGCCGCCCUAUAGAUUGGCGGCUGCUGCGAAGGAGGUUCGCACGCGCUGCGGCGUGAGGGCGGAGCUGUGGCUGCUCUGUGUGUCCAGCGGGGUUGGCUCUGCGCACGUGGCCCCUCUGGUCUCGGGGAGCCCGACCUGGCCCCAGGAGCGGCCGCGGAAGGGGGUGUGGGUCUGUGUGAGGCGGACCGGGCUGGGCUGGGGGCCCCUCCAGCCGCGCUUCUCCCGAGCUCGGGCUCGUCCCUUCGACUCGGAAUCGCUGCGAGUCACGAGCGAGGCUAAGAAAUCGCGGCGUUGCCCAGGGUUCCCGGUGAGGCCCGGCCGGGCCCAUCCUUCCUCCCGCCCGUCUUGGAGCCGGGGUUGAGUCUUCCUCGGGUGCGGCCGGUCGCGGACACCUGGGCGGAGGUCCCCGAGAUGCUCCGGUCCAGGUGCCACUCCGCUGUUUUAAUACAAGCUGAUUGUGCUUUGAUUUGCCCUUGUUAAUUCUAGAGCAUAAGAGCUGUGACUUCUUAGUCUGGCUUCUGCCCUCCGGGCGCAAAUCCCCUCUCCCAGGAAAAGCAGAUGGGUUUUGGAACAGCCUAAGGUCUCAGAUCUAGUCCCAGCGAUUGGUAAUUCAGUAGCAACUGGGAGGCAUCACCACAGACCACAACUGUUACACAAAGGACUGCAUGGAGGGGUGGGUCCAGAGGGAUGCAGUGCUGCAGUUGCACCCCUCAUUGAUUCCUGCUCACCCCACGUUUAAAACCAAGCCCCUGGUGCUUCUGCUCAGGAAGGGAUGAGGGAGUCAGUGGACUUCAUGGCUUACUACAGAGGUGGCUAGUUACUCACCCUGGGAGCCACAUCUAAUCUGCUGAAGUUCAAGAGCUGGAGAGUGAUGUGGGGUGUCUCCUGAGCAACCUGGAGUGGAGGUGACCUGCCCCUCCACCCCCCACCCCCCCCAGUGCCUCUGAGCUGCUCUGGCUUUCCCGAUGGGGAGCACGCCCUGGGGUAAGCGGUGUAGCUGCAGCCGCGGCAGCUGGUGCCUGAGCUGGCAGUCCAGGCGGGAGAGAAGGAGGGUGGGCUUGGGGCACACUCCCCAUGGGGAAGGUUGGAGCAGCAGGAGGUGCCAGGCUGUGCUGUCCCCCAGAGCUGCCUGGGGGUGGGGGUGGGGGGCAGGGCUUCAGCCAAUUUCUGGAGAGCUGCAAGUACCAUGCUGCCAGCACGUGUCUUGCAAGCCUCAGUUUGGCCACCAUGGGCUUACUAUAACCUUGAUUUCUUCAAAACUCUUAAUUUCAUAGAAUGCCCCUCUUGCCUUUGUCAUGGUCUUUAGUAGGGGUGCAGAGAAUUUUUGGGCUGAUACUGAUGGCUGAUUUUUAAUGAGCCAUAUUGGCCAAUACCAAUCCAAUUCCAGUAUGCAGCUGGGUGUGUGCCCCCAGAUCUGCACGUGGGAUGAGGGCAGGCUGCUGCGGCCAGGGCUAUGCUGGGCUCUUCCCAACGGCGGGUGUCAGGGGGAGGGCAGCCCUGGAGAGCGUUAUGGGGUGGGGCUGCAGCCACCCCAGAAUUCACCAUAGCCCCAUCCCAGCACUGCUGCUGCUCACCCCGAGCACAACCUGGGCCCAGCCCCCACUGGGAAGAGCCUGGCACCCCCCCAGCCUGCAGCUGCAGCCCGCCCUCACCCCAUGCACAGAUCCAGGGACACACGCCCCCCCCCCCCCCAUGCCCUCCCACGGUACGCAUAGCAGCGGGAGCUGCCACUGCCUCCCCAUACCCCCUGGAUAAGCCACUUGCAGCUCAGUCCCCCACCCCUGCCCUUGCCCCAGCUCCAUUUCCUCCCUCAUGGGUAGGGCCUCUAUCUGCCCACCACCAUGCCCCUUCCCCCACAACAGAUUUACAAGCCAGACCCAGCUGCACUCCUGGCUGCCUGGAUGCUGCGCAGUGGCUGCACACAUGCGUGGGGGCAUUUAUCAGUGGCAUUAUCAGUCACACCAGCCAAAAAAAGCCAAUGGCCAAUACAGUCAAUUUUCCUUAUAUUGGUGCUGAUCUGAUAGGACCAAUGUAUUGGUGCACCUCUAGUCUUUAAUGGUUCCACUACUCCAGCUAGCCUUACUUUUGCAGUUCUGCUGUUAUCUGCUCCUAGUAAUGUAGCUUCCAUUUCACAGCGCUGCAUGCUUUUUAAACUCUUAUCUAGAAACAUUAACUAAGGUGUGGAAACAUUAGGUCAGGCAUGGAAAUAAUUUUCAGUGAAGCAUUGGAUGCACUGUCAAGAUGCUCAAGGCUAGGUUUUAUUGUAUGAAUCUGAAAGAGAUGUACAUUUAACUAUAAAUAUAUUUAAAAUAUAUAAAUAUUUUGUAUAUAAUAUAAAAAUCUUUAUAUAGAAUAUAAAUAUAUUUAACAUUUAACUGUAAUGAUUACAUGACUUAUUAAGUGUCUUUGAAUUAUUUUGUCUGGUUGUGUUUUCUGUAUAACACUACGGUGGCCAAGCCAUAGCUUACAAGACAUAUGCGGCUCACUGGCACGGUACUUGUGGCUCUCUGGAAAUUGGCUGAAGCCCCUCCCACUUUUCCCUGAGGCAGCUUCAUAACCUUCAUUAGUAAUGAUGAAUGGAUGCCAAUACAAUUUUAGGCAAGCUUGGCAGUUUCAAAGUUGUAAUUCAUGUUUUUCAGGUGAUUAUCCCUAGGAAGUAUGUGAGAGAGUACAUACAUGUUUUGUUGAUUUGUAAACAGGAGGUUAAAUACACUCGCAUAAUAAUCCAAACCAAAAAUCAAGUUAUGAAUUCACCUAAUUGGCUGUGCAAGUCAAAUAAAAAACAGCUAAAAUUCUUAUUUAAUCUCAGACUGCAAGUGAAAGCAAAACUAAAACUGUGAUUAAUUUUUGUUUCGCUUUCAGUUCAGCAAACACGCCAACCAGUGUCUCAUUUCUUUUCUGGAGUUGGGGAAGUUGGAAGUGUUUGCAUAUGAUAUGUUAGUUUUUUUAGUACUUUUAAUUUGAAGUAGUCACCAUAAUGCCUAAUCAGAAAAAAACCUAGUGCGUUGGCAUCAUUAUAGUGAAGUUCAAGCCGUUGAAGGAAAGAAGAAAGUUGGUAGAUGUAAAUAUUACAGGCAGGAGUAUGCUAACAAUGCAACACGAGUGAAGAAACAUUUAAUGACGUGUAGAAACUGUCCUGAAAGAGUACAAGCCAUAUACAAAAGGCUAACACAACCAAGUGGUGGAACAACACCUGAGAAAAGUCUACUACAGGAAUCCUAUAAACCUGGUAGCUCAAGUUAAAUAGCAGAUUCACAAAAAAUGGAAAAUAAAAAUGUUGAGCUGCCAAAUCUGGGGGAAGAAGCAGCAGGAUCCUCGCUUUCAAGAUCACUGUCACCAGGGUCAGAAGGGACCUAAACAGAUCGUCAGGUCCAACCCCUGGCCUCAAGCAGGAACGGGUGCCGGAAUCAUAUCACCCCAGCCAGAUAUCUGUCCAGCCUCUUCUUGAAGACCCCCAAGUGCUCAAAGGAAAUCUACUCCUGCAUCUUUACAAGACCAGCCUGGUGCCAGAAGUUCAUGAGCCUAUUGGGCGCUAGGUACCAGGGACAGUGGCUUCCUGGUUGGUUGCGAUCUACCAGAUAACUCCCUAACCUCAGCACUUCACAAGUGUUACCUUCUAUUUAGAACCCUUGCUUUCUGCAAGUCCAUUGUUUGCAUCCCAAGAAGGAAAACUGAUCCCUCACUGAACCGGUUAGUCUUCAGUGGGCCACCCUGCCCUGCCUUCUUCUCAGCAAGGAACAGCGGACGUGAUCUCUGCAAAAAGAAAGCUUGUCUGCUAGACAACGGACCUUAGGGAGGUUUUUUCCACCACAAUUUGGCACCCCAGAUGGGACCCGUCUAGCUUGGCGCCUUUGGAGACCUCCAUCCCCCAACACCACAGCGCGCACCAGGUGAGUUCACCUAUUGGGUUAGUCUCGGGAGGUGGACGGUCCCCUCAGGACCAAUAAGGCGGGAUCCUCAAGUCGGGUAAAGGAACGGUACCGGCGAGUACCUCAGGUCAGGUAUGUUUUUGGUUUCUGUCUGGUUUCUGGUUUUCUGGUUUUACCUCUAGAGGUCUCUGGAAGCAGUCUUUGAGGGUAUCUGUCUGCUGAUUUAAACGCUGAUAGAGCCAGCAGCCUAGCCGAAAGGCGAAAGACACGGAUAUAAGGUAGAAAUGCUGUUAUAACGGCCAAUGACUAGGGUCUCGGACUCAAGACGCCCCUCCUCACGGAGAAAGCCAGUGGGGUCCAAGAACACCGGUUGUUGUACGUGGACGAAACAGCUUCUAGGCAGGUAGGACUUAGGGAAAUAAGACUGCUUGUGCUUAGAUAUAAUCAUGGGUUCCGGUUUAGGGAAAGUUAUUCCUGAUUCACCCCUUGAUUUUAUGAUUAAGAAUUGGAAACAUUUGGAGGGACGGGCGGAACUGUCCAAGUCUCAUAUGGCAGAACUCUGUUUAACUAAUUGGACGUCUUAUACGUCCCAGUUAGAUUUGGGAAGACAAUGGCCAGAAAAUGGGUCAUUUGACCUAAAUCGCCUGGCUGCCUUACGAAAGAUCUUGGAGGACCUCCGCCCUGGCCAAAUUAGUUAUUGGUAUUUAUGGGACAACGUUGCUAGCAAGCAAUUAAAACCUUUAGCUUCCCAGACUAAUUAACACUACAUCUCACAUGGUUCUAAAGCAUACACAUCCCUCCCCUAUAUCAACAAUAUUACUUCGGUUAAAAUAAUCUUGGUACAUAGAAUACUGACAUUCUGCUUGAUCAUUACUUAGGCAAACAUCUUUAUAAUACAAAACAUAGCUUGGACAUACAUAAGCUUGUUGAUUAACUCUUUCACACAGCUUCAAGUUGAUCUCUUUCCAGUGGUGUUGUACUUCAGCUGCCCACUGGGAGAAUAUUAUAGGCAUGAGAACUGUUUUGUUAAUUAUGACACCUAGAGGUAUUAUUGGGCUAGCUAUUAGGAUUUGCUGUGGCUGAUAGUCAAGAAUGGUGAGGCUCAAUGUUUGUGUGGUGAUAUUGAGUGCUGAUGUAACCAACUUGGCCCAGGGGUUGGUUACAUGUUUUCUUCUAAUGACUUCAGGUAUAUCUCCCUUUAAGGCUUGGUCGACUAUGUUCUUGGCAAUGACAUUUUGUAAGGGUUGUGUAAGAUUUAUACUCAGUUUGGUGGAGACCCACUCCUCAGUUUGGUGGGGACCCACCCGAAAUUGCCUCCACUUCAAUAAAGCUGUUGAAUGCAGUGUGUGCUUGUGUUUGCUCCAUGAGUGGUCGCGCUCGUGAUCCCAUGGGCAAUUGGUUCGUCACUCCCUAGUCGUUGGGCCUCACGUGGGCCUUAAUUACAGGGAAUAGAGAGGGAUCAAAUUUAAACUGUAAGGAAUAUGGAAUUAGGCCUUAUGAAAUUAUGAAAUAUAAGGCCUUAUGAAAUUAUGAAAUAUACUCCCUUGGAGUUAACUGCAUCACACUGCAUUUCCUUUGGUAAUUUCUAACAAUAAUGGAGUACCACACAACAAUGACAGCCUUGCUCAUAGAGUGGUAGGCCCAAGUGUAAGUCUCCUCUGCAUUCUCCUUUUCGGGUGUCUCCAUGCACCAGAGGUACAAGCAUCAGCAUUAGUGUGAGAAUCUUAAACCAUAGAGUCCACAUCUUAAUAAUACCUGAAAAACAGAACACAAAAACAUGGGCCUAAAAGACCCAAUUAAUAAUCCAUCAUAAUCACAAUGUUUCCUUUAGCUUCCCUUCCAGUCUUUUAACUGUGAGGAGUGGAACCAUUUCUGCAUUUUUCUUUUUGCCUCACAGAUGUCCAUUUAAUACACAAUGGAGCUAGCCUUGUUGAUGAUACACACUGGACCCUUCCAGAUAUGAGCAAAGAUAAGUGUAUCUGAGGAUUGAUACAUGACCUGGUCCCCAACUUUCCACUCCUGUGGGACCAUGGUCCAAGGAGGAAGGGAGCACAAGAAGAGUAGUUGUUCCUCAAGGAAGCAAUCCUAGGAGCACAAAGGAAAUCCAUUCCUUUUUUGUAAGAAAGGCAGCAAAAGGGCUGGGGGACCCCCUUGGCUCAAUAGGGAAGUCAUGAACCUCCUGAAAUUAAAGAGAAGUAUAUAAGGGAUGGAAGUCAGAAAUUACCACCAAAGAGGAGUACUCAGCAAUAGCCCACACCUGUAGGGAGCGGAUCAGGCAAGCAAAGGCACAAACCAAAUACAAAUUGGCAACUGGAAUCAAGGACAACAAAAAGUCCUUCUUUAGAUAUGUAGGAAGUAGGGCCCCUGAUGAACAAAAUGGGACAGCUGAUAACCAACAUUCAGGACAAAACUGAACUCCUAAACAAAUACUUUGUGUCAGCAGUCCACCAGUCCAAGGGUGUUAGCCUGCUUGACAGGCUACAGGAUGAUCAAGGUGAGGGGUGAUCACCCUCCCAUAGCUGGCGAAGAUCUUGCAGGGGAACACCUAGGGAGGAUGAAUAUCUACAAGUCAGCUGGACUGGAUGAGCCACACCCAGGAGUGCUAAAAGAACUGGCAGACAUCAUCGCACAACCUAUGGCAAAAUAAUUUGAAGACUCGUGACACUCAGGAGAGGUCCCAGAAGACUGGAAGAGGGCCAAUGUGGUGCCUAUCUUCAAGAAAGGGAGAAAGAAGGACUCAGGGAAUUACAGGUGAAUCAGCUUGACCUCAAUCCCUGGUAAAAUCCUGGAAAAAAUUAUCAAAGAAUCCAUUAUUGGUAGGCCAACAGAAGGCAGCAUUCUAAAGUGUCACGACCCAGUGAGUUUGGUGCCUCGGCACUAUGGAAUUUUCUUGACACAUGAGAGCCUCUUGCACAGCGAAGGUUUUUGCUGCAUAAAGAACUCGCGUGCAGGAGAGAGUUCCCGCCAAUUUGCAAGCUGUCUUUGCAGGAUGCAUUUUCCCUUUGCAGCACAGAAGUGCAUGGUGCAAAGAGUUCCCGCCAUUCGGAUGCAAAUUCGUGCCCCGCAAUUGGCUAGUGCUAAAUUAUUCACACGUGGCGGCCAGUAAUUGGCUUGCUGGCCGUUUAAAAAUUAGUGCGACUUCCGCCCAAGUCGAAGAGCUUUGAGCACGCUGCAGAGUGCCUCUAAGAGAUCUGACUUGCGGCUAGCUGAUCGAUAGACUGAUCACCUAUCGAUCUCUCUUCCCGUCGCCGAACACAGUCCCAGACGUGCCCUUUUCCCGCCGGCUUGAAUUACGGACGAGUUUACUGGCAUUGGCCUCGCCAGCUGAAGCAACUCACAUUGUUGUCCAGACGACCGAACCAUUUCCUUCGCAGCCACCUGCGACAUAAGUAAAGUUUUUUGCAACCAUUAAGCUUUGUCAGCCUCUCUAUUCACCAGCCCGCCCUGACGAACAGGUAAAUUCUGAAUCACCUCGAGUCGGUUCAGCCCGGCCGAGACAUGGCGACGAGGAUAGGAUUGGGAUCACCACGGCACAUGGCGAUGGGAUCAGGAGAGGGCUCGCUAGAGUUAGAAUUAGUUGAGAACUGCCCUUGGAGAAGUGGGAGACGCAGCAUAGCAAGCGUCAGAGAACUGGAGGCGUACCUUGCGUACCACCAGGCGGGCGGAACAGGCAAGAGAUGUGUCCGUGGACACCUUUCGUUAAGGGGAGAAGAGGGAACUCCAGAAGUCGGAGCCCUAGAAGGGAAAGAGAUAUAUCUUCACCCCGCGGCGUUCGGGUGUAUCAUGGGCGAUGAGCAGGUCCUGUAUAGGCCCCUCGAUGCUGUGACCCUUGCCGAAGUCGACCCAGCGAGCGCAGUAAGCCCGACCCCCACCCGGGAGUGUGUCUGUUGCUCACGGUGUGCCCGAGAGAUGGGAGAGACGAUGCCAAUCGGCUGGUUUUCCCCUUGCAUGGUGGUGCCUAGACUAAGGAGUCGAGAGUGUCCGUCCGAGCUCCGCGAAGACCCGGAGACGGAGGACUGCGCCGUAAAUGAGAGAGUGGUCCUACGGUGCGACAAGGGGGGAAAACUAAAUGCAACCUUUCAAACUAUAACUGAUUUGAUGAGUGAAACUUUAAGCUUGAAGACCCAGCUGCAUAUGGCCGUUUGGGCGGUCAGAGAAGCGGCUGAGAAAGGGGAUCUUAAACUGCCCCAACAAGAUGGCGCCGAGCAGAGAGAAGACCGCGUGGAGAAGCCGGAAGAGAGGGAUGGAGCUUCGGGAGAGCCCGCAAGGGUUCGGCCGGUAACUCCGCCCAGUGACGCAGCGUUGGUUCCGCCGACCACGCCCCUCUGCCGAAGGGAGGGGGAGUCAAGUGGAGGAGUGCAUCCGCCCCUCCCGCCUGAAACAACAACAACUCCCACUGUAACAAUGACUACAGCUCCGACAGAAAUAGCAACAGCAAUGAUAACUCAUGAGGAAAUUGAUCAGCCUGCAGCAUCAAGCAGCCCAGUCAUCGGUCUUCAGAGUGCAGUUCAAGCUACCACCUAUUACGCUCGUUCCAGAGCCGAACUGCAGAAUUUGUGUAGAGAAUCCAGGAUCCGACCCGACGAAACUCUGGCUGUGUGGUUGGGACGUCUAGUCGUGGAACUUGGGUCCGACCUCCUGGACCAGGAAGAAGCAAGCUUCUUGGUGAGACAAGCUUCAUGGAGUAGGGGACAUGUCACCGACAUCGACAUGGUGGCAUUUAGCGUCCACUGGCCUAUUCCGAUUCCAGCGCUUGUGGCAGGAGCGAUCGAACAGAAGGCCCACGCAUGGCACGACGGACGACCAGAGCACACCGGUGCAGAACAGCUUGUACUGGCUAUUAUCGGAGUUUCGUACUGCGCCUGGAACCCAAGAGAAUGUACGUUGGGACUAACGCCGCUCCAACGAAUGUGACUGUGGCCUCACCGUCACCUGCGAGACCCUGGAACCGUUCCAGUGACUCUCGACAGCAUAGAUAGUUGUCUUAAGGUUUACAGGCAAAGAAACAUCGUGGUUUUGCGGAUUGUGCUGAACCCACUGGUCGAUCAUCCUGUGAGUAGUCUCCUUCAUCAGUUGUCAAGACUGCGCGUCCUAAUGGAGCCAAGACUAUCCAGUGAUCGGGAGUGUCAACGCCCGACUGAGGCUCAGAACACGAAACACCGCGAAUCCGAGCGUCCAGUAUUACGCCAGCGAACGCAAGAGGAGAGAUACAUGUUUGGAUACCUCCUGCAGCGUUCUGGACUUAAUAAGAGACAGCUCCGGAUUUUAGGAGACGCGGGACAAUGGCAGCUAGCCUAUGAGUUAGGUUUUCACUAUCUAGCAGAAGGCGGUGAUGACUCAUCGAUGAUUUUGUCGAGUUGCUAAGCGUGAAAAGAAAGAGAGCUGUCCAGUAUAAAAUCGUGUUUACGUAUUUGUAUUUAAUAGUGAUGAUAAGUUUAAUCGACUGCAUUAUUGUGCAGUCCUGUGUGAUUUGUGAAUAACCAUUUUGAGAGAGUUCUUUUACAGAUCAGGGAUUUGGAGUGCGUGGUGGAGAGAGGCCCGAGAGGGACAACAUCACUGAAAGGAACAAAGGCCUGACGCACGAUUCCACCAUGACACCCACCGAAGUCAUGAUCGUUCAGUUUUUUGUUAUGAAUGUGAUUUUAUGUAUAUGUGUGUGUGUCGGUUAUUAUUUGAUUCGAUCCCUUGAGGACAAACUUUUAUUGUUGACUGAUUUUGUUUUUGCUCGUUUAGUUUCGCGAACCAUUGACAGAGCUGUUAACAACCCGGAUGAUAGGGUUGAAGUAUAAUUCUAUUGUGCCUUCAGCAAGGGGGGAUGUCAUGACCCAAAGGUCUGAUUUUUUUUGUGUGUGCUUCGGCACUCGAAUUAUCCCCGUGGGUUUACAGCUUCAUUGCACGGAGGAGUUCUGCUGUGCAGAGAAUCUGCGUGCAAAGGAGUGUUCCCGCCACUUUGCAGCUAUCUUUGCAGAGUGCAUUUCCUUUGCAACACAGAAAUGCAUGGUGCAAAGAGUUCCCGCUCGUCGUAUGCAAAUUCGUGCCCCGCAAUUGGCUAGUUCUAAAUUAUUCACAUGUGGCGGCUAGCGAUUGGCCUGCUAGCCGUAUAAGAGGCUUGAGCAGUUUCUGCCCAAGCCGAAGAGGACUCCGCAUCCAUCUCGUGGGGACUCUGGGUGUGCGCGGCAGGGUAAUAGAAACCCUGUGUGUCGCUCAGAGGAGUUUGGCAGCCUGAUCCACCUUCCACCUCUUCCCGUCUUCGAACGGAGCCUACUAUAAGACGUAACGACGAGUUUAAUGCGCGCUUGUCCUGGACAUCCGGAGUUUUGUCUGCGUGGAGCCUAGCAAACUCCACGUGUGUUCGUGUUUUCUGUUGUAACCGCAACUCAAGCAAGUUCUCAGCCUGCACCGCGACCAUCUCGGUGUAAGUAAAACAAUCUUAAAAUCAA